AUGGCCCUCUGCGCCAACCUCUGUAACGUUCUCUCCUACUGGCCGUUCGGCUCCUUCCUGUGUCGCAUGCUGAUGACCGCUGACUCCAUGAGCCAGUUCACCUCCAUCUUCUGCCUGACCGUGAUGUCUAUCGACCGCUACCUGGCCGUGGUCCACCCCAUACGGUCUACAAAAUGGCGGCGACCGCGAGUGGCGAAGGUGGUGAGCGCUGCGGUGUGGGCGUUGUCGUUGGUGGUCGUCCUGCCCGUGGUCGUGUUCUCCGGCGUUCAGGACACGUUCAACUCGUGUAACAUUAGCUGGCCGGAGCCGCAGGAUGUGUGGUCGACCGUGUUUAUCCUGUACACAGCUACGCUGGGGUUCUUCGGACCGCUCCUGGUCAUCUGUCUCUGCUACCUGCUCAUCGUGGUUAAGGUGAAGUCUUCAGGUGUGCGGGCGGGCUUCACCAAGCGCCGGCGGUCAGAGCGCAAGGUGACCCGUAUGGUGGUGAUCAUCGUGGUGGUCUUCGUCCUCUGCUGGCUCCCCUUCUUCAUCAUCAACAUCAUCAACCUCAUCAUCAUCAUCCCAGAGUCCUCCGUGACCGCCGGCGUCUACUUCUUCUCUGUCAUCCUGUCCUAUGUUAACUCCUGUGCCAACCCUCUGCUCUAUGGCUUCCUGUCAGACAACUUCAGACAGAGCUUCAGAAAGGUUCUGUGCGUGCGGAAGGCCAACGGCGUGGAGGAUGGUGACCCCAGCGCCCCGAGGAUGGAGAAAACUAGAGAGACGACAAGAGACGACUCCUUCCUGUCGCCUAGGAACCAUGAUGGACACAACGGACACACACCACAGAAUAGCCAGGCCGUCCAAUUGGAGCCUUGUGGUAGCCCAGGGGAGAAAACAAGGCCCUCAGGGCCCACUGUGAUUUGCCAGUCCUCGCUUUAAACUCUCCUGAUUGGCCGGUUUGAAGUCUCUCUGUGUGUCUAUGUCUGUGUCUCUGUCUGUGUCUCUCUCUCUGUCUCUCUCUCUGUUUCUCUCUCUGUCUC